GCACUCUUUAUCGAUUCACGUAUCCUCAAGAUUGCCCAAGGUGAGUAAUAUCUAGCGUUGCUGGCAAGGAAGGCAAGGUGGAAGCGCUGGACCGAGGGAACGGUCGGAUUUGCAGGAGAGAGGUUGGCCGCUUAGCACACGAUGGUUGACAAGAUGAGCAGGAACAAGAAUACGGGGGGCGAAUGGCAAACACGCUGCAUUGAAAAAGGGCUCCGCGAGCUUGUUCACUCGUCACCGGCAGGCCUUUUUUGGGUUUCCAGAUCUAGUGGGCUUGCGUUGCACCAGCAGGGUCGGCGUGGCUCCGCGCAAAGGUGCCCAUCAUGCUACAUGGCGCUUGCAUGAGAGCCGGUAGGUCCAUUCCAGGCGCACCGCCUGCAAGCACACGAUCACGGAAGCCUCCAGUCUCGCUGUCUCUUCAGUCUCGCUAUUGCUUUAGCCGCUCAUCCGCCAUCAUUCCGAAACCAUCUUCAGAUGCCGCCCAAGAAGUCGGCAAUUCUCGCUGCGGCGACCAAGACUGCCAAGAAGAAGAAGUGGUCCAAGGGCAAGGUCAAGGACAAGGCACAAAACAUGGUCGUGCUCGACAGGCCCACCUACGACAAGAUCCUCAAAGAGGUUCCCACCUUCAAGAUGAUUAGCCAGUCCACAUUGAUUGACCGAAUGAAGAUCAACGGAUCAUUGGCUCGCGUUGCCAUCCAACACUUGGUUCGCGAGGGUCAGAUCAAGAAGGUCAUUCAUCACCGUGGUCAAUUGGUGUACACCAGGGUUGGAAGCGACUAGGUAUGCCCAGAGAUGGAAUUUUCCAAGGCGAAUCCUCGAACGCCGACCCAUCAGUCAAUCUCCUCAUUGUGUACCACAACCCAAAAGACCAGUCAAGCACCUUCAUGCCACGCCAGUCAUCAAGCUCUACUUUGCAGAAUGAUGAAUACAUGCGUUCCCGGUA